AUGGCACCACAGUUAGGUUCCCGAGAAAAACCUGCAUUUUGCGGGGGUUUGGAAACAAAGAUAGUAAUGCAAGUCCAGAUGAUUUGUGAGUGUUGCCGAAGGCAGGCCAUGAAGACCGCUUCAGCAUGGCAUAUAAACGUCACGGUGGGCCCUAGGAAGGUUUCAUCUUCAAUGAUGGAUGUCAUUAGCACCAUUGUUUCCUGUGGUGUGGUCCACUUGCUUCUUGGAUUUUCUUUCUUUCUUUGCUCAAGCCCCAAAAUGAUCAGUCAAAAUGGAUGGACGGCGUGGAUAAAAGACAUACAUCAUGGUGUAAUCUCGGUGGUGAUAGAAGGGAAGGAACAAGAUCAGGUUGUGGUGAUCGGAGAAGGAGUUGAUGCCGCUAAACUGGUAUGCCGUAUGAAGAAGAAGGUGGGUCACACAGUUCUAAUCACGGUAGAAGAAGUGAAACCGAAAGAAGAAAAGAAGGAGGUGAAAAAAGAAGUGCCGAAGAUCUGCACACCAUAUUGGCAGCCAUAUCCACAGUACGUUGUGGCAUGUGAGCCCGUUUACUCAUGUCGUGGUGAGUGUUCUCUCAUGUGAGGGUAUUUCUGAUAUUUUUGUAUUUUUUGUGUUUUAUCUAUUGCUAUACAAAUGUGGUGUAGAUUAUGUUAGGAUGAGCUUCGUUAAGCAUGUAGAGGGGGCCCACCUACACACCACCGUAUGUGCCAAAGUGGCACACGUGGUGUGAAAUCCAAGCCAUCCAUUAGAUGGGUCACACGUGCCUGUCCACCUGAUGAAUUGAUGGGUCAAAGAAGUUUUUCUAAGCCAUCCAUUUGUUUCUAAAAACAUUGCUUGGUUGAUUAGUUGAUUGGCCCGGUUCUUCCACUCGGUUUAGCUGGUGACCCCAACACCACCCAGCUAGCUGGUGGAAAAGCUCUGUUGGCUCCACUAUGAUGUAUGUGAUUUAUCCACGCCGUCUAUCCAUUUUUUCAGUUCAUUUUAGAUCAUGAGAAUAAAAAUUAAGCAAAUCCUAAGCUCAAGUGGACCACACCCCAUGAAAUAGUGGUGGAUUAAAGGCUUAUCAUUGAAAACUUCAUGGAGGCCACCCCAACAUUUAUUUGCCAUCCAACCUGUUCGUAAAGUCACAUAAACCUGGAUGAAGUAGAAACACAAAUCAUAUUGAUCCAAAACUUCCGUGGGCCCGAAGAAGUUUUCAAUGGUUGGCAUUCAGUCUCCACUAUUUCAUGGGGUGUGGUCUACUUGAGCUUUAGAUCUUCUUACUUUUUAUGCUUAUGCCCUAAAAUGAUCUGGAGAAAUGGAUGGACGGCUGGAUAAAACACAUACAUCAUGGUGGGCCCACAGAGCUUUUCCACCAGCUAGCUGGUUGGUGUUGGGGUCACCACCCAAUCCAAGUCUCUGAUGUUUAGGCAGUGUAAUCGACGCAAUAAGUCUCACCUGAUGGAUGGCUUAGAACUCAAUCAUGUUAGAUACGUUGGCAUAUUUAAUGGUGUAUAGAUGGGCUCCCCUGCAAGGCAUGGUUUUAAAAUAAUGAAAACUGGCCUCGGUUCAAAACCAGCCGAGUUGAGCAGACUCGGAAAUUCAGGCAAGUUUCUCCAGUCCGAUUUAUGUAAUAUCUGAAAAGUUCUAGUAAGUUUUUGUCGAGUAUGGAUGAAAUCUAGUCAAGUCGAUUCCACUUGGGUAAGUUGGGUCUAGUCGUUUUGAGUUUUUAAACCAUUGUAUAAGGGCUUGUAUUCAUAUCACCUUUCUGUAAUU